UUCAAAUGCUGAACCCUACGAGUACAUGCAAUUUGUACUCCAGUACCCACCUGGAGUUUGCUAUGACGAAUCAAAAGGUUAUUGCAUCUCACCUCUCCCAACCAAGUUUCAUGUACAUGGAAUAUGGCCUUCUAACUUCUCCAAUAUACAUGUCCGUUGUAGGAAAGCACUGACGAAUAACCCCUUUCAUAAGGCGCAGAUGACACCUCUGCAGACGGAUUUGGGAAACUCAUGGCCGUCCGUGUUAACACAAAACAACAAUAUGCAGUUCUGGGAGCAUGAGUAUGAAGAGCAUGGCGCAUGUGCAGUAGAGUCAGGUGUACCACCUUUCACUCAAAGGUCCUACUUUGAGAAAGGACACCAGCUAUGGCACCAAUAUGACAUCCUUGCAGUGCUUGAUCAAAGUGGUAUUAAACCGGGUACUGCAACAUCAUACACUAUGACUCAGCUUGUAACCGCAAUCCAAAAGAAAAUCGGGAGUAACAAUACUCCUUUAAUCAUGUGCAGGAGGACAGCCCUUGGUGACACACUAAGGGAAGUGAUAAUCUGUCUGGAUCACCAGGCAACAAAUGUGAUAAGUUGCGCGCUCAGUAAUAGAAAAACAGAUUGCCGGGCUUCGGGCAAGGUAUACUAUGUAGCUUAGCUAGCUAUCUGAAUAUGAAUAAGCUCCUCAACUGGUAAUUUACAAUUUACAGUCUGUUCUACGUUUGAGGAUGCAAUCUCGA